UUUGAAAAUAAAUUAUAGAAUAUAUCAAUUAAAAAAUCGAAAGUGUAAUUUAAUUAAUAGAUAUUCAUUAUUUCUUCGCAUUUCAUUUAAAUUUGUUUUUGUUCCGAAUCAUAGGCUAUCGUCCACGGUUUUGAAUGCAACAAAUUACUCUUCAUUUCCUGUUUGAGCAAAAAUGGCGGACGAACUUCAAGAAAAUCUAGCGACUUAUAAAUUGCAAUUACAGCAGGUGGAAGCCUCCUUGACUACAGACCCAGAUAAUGAAGAUCUUAAAAAGCUGAAGAAGGAUCUCAAGGAGGUCAUUGAUCUGACAGAAGAACUCGUUGGAAACAAACAAUUGACAGCCAUCGCAGCAGAUGUUGGCGCCACAGGUAGUAGCAUUGGAUCCACGGAGGAAGCUGUACCGACAGAAUGGCAAGUCGGAGACUCUUGUCUGGCUAUUUGGUCCAAAGACGGGCAGUACUACAGUGCAAAGAUUGAUGAAAUAUUGGAAGAUGGAACAUGUGCAGUCAAUUUUGAGACAUAUGGAAACACUGAUGUAACAGAGGUUAGAUUGUUACGGAAAGUUGACCCAGCCCAACAGAAAAUGGAAUCAGAAAAGAAACCAAAGUCAAAACGAGACUUAAUAGCAGACCAGAAAGAAUACAGAAGGAAAAAGCAACAAAAGAAAGCUCAGCGUCUGAAACAGAUGGAGGAAGAGAGAGAACAGGAAAAGAACAAGUGGCUGGACUUCAAUGCAAAGACUUUUUCCAAAACAAAUAAAGGAAAAGUGAAAAAGAGCAUCUUUGCAACUCCAGAUGCAGUCAAUGGCAAAGUGGGAGUAGGAACAUGUGGUCAAGGAGGCAGGCCAAUGACCUCAUUUCAGCAUGCAGAAAAGUGGAAAAAGUGAUGCGUGAUAUCUGGGUGUAUUCUGUAUGGAGACCAAUCGGUUGUCACUGUUUAGUAAUGAAAGUGUUGGUUAUGAGAGAACAUAGCCAUUUGGAAUUAUGACGUGUUGUGAAUGAAGCUGUGUGUAGGCCAUUCUAACUAAAUCAAUUAAUUUUAUACCCAACACAGAUCCAAACAAGGUACUCUGUAGUAUAGUGUUGGCUGCGAUUUAACAAGUCAUUAGCAUACUGAUUAAGUUAAGAAAGUUCUCUUUAACCUCUUCAAUUAAAAAUUUUGUUUUCAAUUCAAUUUUGAAUCUAUUAUAAAACAAUAUUAGUUGCAAAAAAUUUUUCCUGGAAAAAAAUUUGAAUCAACCUGGCAAAUCACCCAAUUUAAUGUAGCAUUGCAGUGAACUAUUUCUGAAAGACAAGUCUGAGUAUUAUUUCAGAAACUAUCGUGCAAACAAUAUAUAUCCUAUUUCAGCAUCCAACUUUUUGUAAUUUGACGCUGUUUAACUUUUUGUAAUUUGACGCUGUUUAACUUUUUGUAAUUUGACGCCGUUUAACCUGCAACAUCUGACAGACAUCUCAAGAACAUUUGAUGGCGUAUUAUUUUAUAGAUGUCAUUAAUAUUGCACAAAACACUUUUUUUUUUUAAAUACUGUAUUACAGUAUAUCUAAUGAUGAAUUUUAAUUACAAAAAACUCUUUUCAUGUCUUUUGAAUAACAAACCAUCAUUCUAGCAGUUUUAAGUUACAGAUGAUAUUGUGUAAGAUUGGGUAUUUAUGAACAUUAAAUGUUAUUACCCUGGGUUGUUUUUUUUUUAUAAAUUUGCAAAUUUUGUCUCUCAUAGUUGAAAGUAACGAUCACCAUAUGAAUGUUGUGUUUUACAUUUGUGAAAUAUGAGCAAAACAACAACCAAAAAUGAAUUGCAGUACAAGUUUAUUAAUUUUUUUUAAAUUCUUCAUUUAUAACAUUACAUGUAAUUAAAAAUGCAGCACAACUCUUAAAGUGGACAUAGAUAACGCAAUACAUAAUUAUGUAUAUAAUUGUAUAGAACAUUUAAGUCACAAGUUAAUUGUCAAAUUGAAUGUGGUCAUUAAAAGGGACUAUACUAGCACUUUCAAUCUGUUUUUACAUGCAUUAACUUUUAUAUUUCCUUCCAAGUUAAAAAGCUUUCCACCUUUGAAACAUGUGUAUGAUGAAUUUCAACUUGUUUACUUGAUAGCAUGAAAUAAAAAUUCAAAGUAUUUAAA